AAUAUUAGGAUUACGAUCCUCUGGCGCUGUUGUGGUUGUGGUGUUUAUUUUCAUGUUUGUGUUUAUUACUCUUAAAUUUUUAAGUCAAGCAAUAUUUAUAGGGUCUAACGAAGCACUUUUAUUGAAAGUUCAAGUUCCAAAUUAGCUGUGUAUAAGUCAUAUAACUUCCAACGUUUUGAGCAACAAACCUAAGUGGUGCUACCAAUAAUUGAGAGAAUGGUUCGUAAACGAUGUAACAACCGAAAGAAAAAUUCAUGAAUAAAUUGAGUGAUGGAUUUGGCUUUAAAAAAGGAAAAUGUGACAACCUUACUUAUUGAUACUGAUUCCAAAACACUUGCUGCUGGUGUCAUUCCUGAAAAACCAGAUGAUGGACCUGAAUGUUGCAAAAUAGAUAUAAGUUAUAAGGGAAAGCUGUCCCAACAAAAUAUUUUAGAUAAGGCCUUCUCUAUUGACGAAAAUGAUCUGGCUACGCCAUUAGAACCUAUUCAAGUUGAUUCGUUUCCAGUAUUUACUUGCAACGGACCGAUAAAUGACGAAAUUACGUCAGACAGCAUUUCUGAUGAAGAUGUCAUCGAAGAUGAAAACGAUUUGGAUGAUAAGACGCAGACAGAAUCUGCAGAAACAUUACCAUUGUCAAGCUUGAUGAAAAGGGUUAGCUCAGAUGACCUCUCCCAAUUCUGUGCAGGACCUUAUAGUGACAUUACCCCGGAGAAUAUUUCUGACGAACACAAACAGACAGAAUCGGUAUUAAAAUUGGCAUCGUCAAGAUUGAGGAAAAGUAAGAGCUCCGAUGAUCUCAAUCAAUUAUUUAAAACAUCUGUUGGAGAUAGUAUUAUAGAACGCAGCCCUACCAUUCUAGAAAGACAUGUGGAUGUUGAAACAUUAACGGAUACGUUUGAAGACAUUUCUUUUAUUCAUAGACCAAUUCUUCGCAAGAAUUUGACAAGAGAUGACGACGCUUCGUCAUUCUGCUUAUAUGACAGUAAGAAACAUGUUUCUUUUCCCUCCGAUGAUGAGAUGUUGGUUAGUUUUCGUGAUACAAAUGAUUUCGACGUAUGUCAAACUACUGAAGAAAUGUCUGCCGAAGAAAUUUCACGGUUAUAUCAGGAAUCGUGUAUCAAGCACAAAACAAUUGAAUUAGACACCAUACGCCAUCAAAUAAUGGAAAUCAAACACAACUUAAAUCAUUCAGCCGUACUCAAACUAAGUUCAGUCAAUAUAACAUCUGAAGUAAAUGACACUUUAGAAGAUUUAUUCAGGGUUACCAAUUUCAAUAGUCUCACUCUCGUUGACUGUAAAUUUUCCGCAGAAACUAUGAAUGAAUUUUUGAAUAUGCUAGAGUAUUAUGAUUCUGUGUGUCACCUGGAGUUGGAGAUGAAUUUCGAAGACGAAGAUUUAUGGAAAUGUUUCUGUUCUGCGUGUAGUAACAUUUCUGUUUUGGAAUCUUUGUCUUUGAAAAAGAUGACUAUAAAUGAGUCUUAUAUGAGAUUUCUCCUCAGGGCUGUUAAAACCAACAACCACAUUACCACCCUAAAGUUUGAUGGUUGUGUGCUAGCCAAAUUGCCUAGUUUUUAUUUAGUGGAAAAUUUAAUGAUCAAUCGAACAAUUCAAGAAUUGUACCUGCCGUCUACUGGUCUCUACACAAAAGAGGCUGACUGUCUUUCCCGUUUCUUAUCUAUCAACAGAUUCUUAAAAGUUCUAGAUAUCAGUAAUAAUUUUAUUGGAGAUAGGGGCUGGAAUCUCUAUCCAAAGGACUUUGCACACAAAACCAACCAGACGUUGGAAUUUCUGCUCUUAGUAUUUACAAUAACCAGCUUACAGAAAAAAGCGGACCAAUUAUAGGCAAUAUUAUAGAAAAGUGUAGAAACCUGCAUACAUUUAAUGUUGGUUACAACAACUUGACUGACGCAGUACUUAAGCAUAUAAAUCUUAGUUUGCCUUUAACGAAAUCACUUGAAGGUUUAGGAUUACAAUGUACAUUAUUGACGUGCAAAGGAGUAUACGAACUUGCAGAAGCUAUACCAAAUAAUACAACUCUUAGGAAAAUUAAUCUUAAAGGAAAUAAAGCGAUCCAGGUAAAUGGAGUCGAAAAACUAUGCCAGGCGUUAACCAAUUCUAAGAUAAAUAAAAUUGAAAUCGAUGAAAACAAUAGGUCUUGCAGUGAUCCAGAAGCCUACUCGCAGCUGGUAAAAAAAUUGUCCGCCAUAUGUACCGUCAACAAAUCAUUUAUAAGUGAGGAACAAGACGUACCCGAUACUCAUAUUAUAUCUCGCAAAAUGUCCCUAAAUUGCGAACCGAGAUACACUGUGCCGGAGUCGACUAGCUUAUUCCAUGUAGGAUCUUCUCGACUUUCGCCUAUUCCAUCUCCUGUAUCCAGUCCAUCGCCCAAAAGUCGUUUUCAUAUAGUUAAAGUUAGCGAAACAGGUGGAGAAGGCCAUGCGACUUCUGCGAGCACUAGUCAUAGUCCUAGCCCUAGUUCGAGAUCCAAAUCCAGAUUCCAAGUAACUAGAGUACCUCAAUCACCAGAUGAAGAUGUUUCAUUAGGCAGAUUCGCUAACGUCCGCAGCAGUGUAUCUUCCAAUGAUAGUAUGGAUUCUCUUACUACGUUGCAUUUAGAUAGUGAUAGUGAAUAACAUUUAUUAUUGUUUGAUGUUAUUUGUAUCAUUAUUGUUGUUUUCUGAGGUAUUACUAGGAUAAGUGUCGUGUUACAGUAAACACGCUAAAAACUAUUGCUUUUUAAAUUUUCUCAAAUUUUUGCAUUUAUGAGAUAUAUUUUUCAGUAAUUCCUAAACAAUUAAUUAAUUAACGGUAGGUAACAUCUCAAUACAAUAU